AUGGCGAUCUCUUCUACUAGGGUGGCCCUGUAUAUCGCCCUCUUGUCUAUCCCCUUUGCCUACCUGUACCCAGGGAUACAAAGGGUCAUAACGGUGUUGGGUGUGUUCCGAACUCCAGCGACUGUUCAACUGACGAGCUCGGAGGAUCUGGUAUACGUCGAUGGAACCAUCCACUGCGAGGACGUCCACUACCAUGCUCCAAGCCACAAGUUGUUCACGGCGUGUGAAGAUUCGCCCGUGACAAGAUUUGGCUGGUUCCCUCCUCUGGCCAAGUUCAACGCCUCGGUCCUCAACCAAGCCCGAGGGGGGCUAUUCGUGAUCGACCCCGUUACCAAAAAAGCACAAAAGUUGGAACUGGAGAAAUUCAGAGGUCCAUUUGUGACACAUGGAAUCGAUGUAAUUCCGGACCCUGGGAAGCGUGAAGGUGAGGCCGUGUACAUUUUUGCGGUCAACCAUCUGCCGAAUCCAGAGUUCUACUCCUAUGCUAGCGGUUACCAAGUUGAUCCCGAGGCAACCGCUGGCAAAGCUGUUCCAAAGGCACGCUCCCAGAUUGAGGUAUUCUACCAUAAGGUUGGCUCCUCCAAGGCCCAGCACAUCCGUUCUGUAUGGCACCCGGCGAUCAAGACGCCCAAUGACAUAUUCGCGCUGAGUCCACAGCAUUUCCUCGUCACGAAUGACCACUACUACCGCGAGGGUCUGAUGCGAGAGGUCGAAGAUAUCUAUCCCGGUGCCAAAUGGUCAAAUACCCUCGACAUCGAAGUAUCCGACCUCUCUAAAACUGCCGAGGCGUCAUCUGGAGUGAAAGUCAAGGUCGUUGUUGACAGCAUACACAACAACAACGGUCUUAGCCAUGGCCGCACUGAAAACGAGGUUCUCAUUGGCAGUGCCGUUGGAGGAAGCCUCCAUUUUGGUAGUAUAUCCCACGACCCCAGCUCCGUCCAGGUCGGAGAUAUUCUGUACCUCGAUUCCGCGAUCGACAAUCCAAGCUACUUUGUCGAUCCGUACGGUGGCACAGCAAGCUCAGCUGACAAGAGCGGAUAUGUGCUCGCCGGCCUCGGCCGAGCCAUCGAUCUAAGCAAGACGAAGCAUGACCCUCACGGCAAAGACCCUGUUGUGGUCUGGUAUGCCAAGAAAAGCGAGGAUGGGGCAUGGAACACGAGACUCUUGUUUGAGGACGACUCGUCUAGGAUCCGUUCCGCCAGCGCUGCGGUUCUCGUUGCAAUCGACCCCGCCAAGGAGGAUGGAAAACGACGUGCCUGGCU